CAAGGCGCAGAGGCAUCCGGGGGCCACUUCACCUGUGUGAUGACUUAACUGUGUGAAACUAGACUUGUAGAAGCAGUUCGGAUGCUCGGUGCGCCGCAGCGUGCUCUGCUGCUAAGCUGACAGACAGUAAAAGCUGAAACUGCAGACAAAAAAAGAACACUUUGAGGUUUCUCUGGUGAACAUCCGGCGCGUCCCGCUUGUUGUCCGCAGCGGGUUGGAUCCGACGCACCGACUUGUUGCCCCAGCUGAGCUCUGACGGGCCCUCGGCUGUUGUGUGGCGUGUCCGACAUACAAGUCAGCGACAGGACUUAAAAGCCUGCUGUAAGGAUGAUGUCCUACAUAAAGCAACCUCACUACACCAUGAACGGGUUAAAUUUGCCUGGCCCCGGGAUGGAUGUUCUACACACAACCGUCGCUUAUCCAUCCACUCCGCGGAAGCAGCGUAGAGAGCGCACCACCUUCACCCGGACACAGCUGGACAUCUUGGAGGCGCUGUUCUCCAAAACCCGCUACCCAGACAUCUUCAUGAGGGAGGAGGUGGCCCUAAAGAUCAACCUACCUGAGUCACGUGUGCAGGUUUGGUUUAAAAACCGGCGUGCCAAGUGCCGUCAGCAGCAGCAGCAGAGCAGUGGCCAGUCCAAGCCCCGCCCUCCCAAAAAGAAGGCUUCUCCAGUGCAGGAACCCAGCGCCCCUGAUCCUGUUCCUAACCCAUCUGGCUCCUACAGCCCCUCCUCUGCCCAGUCAGGCCCCAGCCUGGCCCCAAGCUCCAGCACUGGAAACACUGCCGUGUCCAUCUGGAGCCCGGCCAUCUCACCCCUGCCCGACCCCCUAGCCUCCUCCUCUGCCCCGUGCAUGCAGCGGCCCUCACCUUACCCCAUGAGCUACGGCCAGCCGUCGGCCUACACCCAGGGCUACGCCAGCACCACCUCCUACUUCACUGGCCUGGACUGCAGUGCCUACCUGUCCCCCAUGCACUCGCAGCUGUCCGGCACCGUGGGCGCCCUCAGCCCCAUCACGGUGCCCUCGAUGGGGGGCUCCCUAAGCCAGUCCCCGGCCUCGCUGUCCUCACAGGGCUACAGCACUGCCUCCUCCCUGGGCUUCACCUCUGUUGACUGCCUGGACUACAAGGACCAGCAGGCCUGGAAACUGGGCUUCACCACAAUGGACUGCCUGGACCACAAGGACCAAAACUCCUGGAAGUUCCAGGUCCUCUAGAAAGCGUGAAAGGGUGGCACUCAUGUGCGUCGACAUGUCAUGUGUGUCAACGAGUCCCAUGCGAGAUAGUGUGAUGCAGUGCAGAGGACUUGUUAUCUUUGAUUUUCAGUUUCUUGUUUGUAAGAUUUUGUUUCAUUUUCUAAGGGUGACCUCUGUAGAAAUGCAUUUUAUUUGAAUGACUUUGGAGAUGAAGGGACCAUUGACUGUCAUUAAUGCUGCCUGACUGCAAAUCAUAUCUGUUUUCUUCUUCCUGCUACGUUAAAUAAGAGAACAAAAGCCUUUAAAGCGUUUGUAGGAACAUACUGGAGUGGUGCGUACGUAUGGAAACACACUGAGCCAUCUCUUCUUUGAACAUGACUGUCUGACACCUAUACACUCCACGGGUUUCAUUUUGUUUUAAACUUGCAUUGUCAUAGAGUGAAAGGAGAGCUGCUUUGACAGGAAGGAGCUCUGAAGUCCUAUAGGUCACUUCCUCCUUCAGGGUUUUAUUAUUUUAAGCUAUUUAUUAUUAUUUUAUCUACAUUUACAUAUUUAAUUUGGUUGGGUUUAGAUAUUUUGGAGCAUUUGUGUUGCAUAUUACAGUGUUAGCCUUUAGAGUUAUCAUCGUAAUCUGUUU